AUGAGGCGGCUGUUGGCUUUUCUGGUGUUGCUGGUACUGUGCGUUAGCAGGAGAAUGAAUGGUGAAGUUUCUGGGCAAAACUGGAAAGAGAUUAACAAGAUUAAUAGGAAAGGGCCAUAUACUGGAAUAGUGGUGCCAAAUGCCUUUGAGAUGAACCCUCUUCUUCAAUCAUCAUCCUUCCACGCUGAUCCCAAGUUACCUUUCUUUGAUUUUGCAGGAAGACGAUUUCGCAUAGGGGAACUGGAAAAGAAGAGGGUUAUAAUUGUUAUGACAGGAUUGAGCAUGUUAAAUGCAGGAUUUGCAACACAGUUGUUGGUGACAUUGUUCAAAGUGAAAGGGGUGGUUCAUUAUGGAAUUGCAGGAAAUGCAAAUCCACAACUUCAAAUUGGAGAUGUUACUAUCCCUCAAUUUUGGGCUCAUACUGGACUUUGGAAUUGGCAGAGAUUUGGAGAUGGCGCUGAGGAUGAACUAGCUUUAGAAGCAAAUGGAGACUACACCAGAAAAUUGGGUGAUCUCAAGUUCUCCAAUUUCAAUAAUUACACAAAGUCAGUGCCAAAUCUGUUGAACAGAGUUUGGUACCAACCAGAGGAAGUUUUCCCACUCAACAGCAUCCCAGAAUUGAGGCAGCAUGCUUUCUGGGUUCCAGUGAACAACACAUACUUUAACAUUGCAGCAAAACUGAAGAAUGUGACGUUGGAAGGGUGUGUGAACACAACUUGCUUACCUAGAAAACCUACAGUGGUGAGAGUGAAGAGAGGGGUUAGCAGUAAUGUGUUUGUUGAUAACAAAGCUUACAGAGAGUUCUUGAGCUCCAAAUUUAAUGCCACACCAAUUGACAUGGAAAGUGCAGCCGUUGCCCUGAUUUGCCUUCAGUACAAAACUCCUUUCAUUGCCAUUAGAGCCUUGUCUGAUUUAGCAGGUGGUGGUUCUUCACUCUCCAAUGAAGCUUCUCUUUUUGCAUCCUUAGCUUCUCAGAAUGCUGUCAUUGUACUCAUCAAAUUCAUCUCCUUGUUGGUCUCAUAGCUUCUCUCUUUCUCUGUUUGCACAUGGGGAAUUUGAAAAGAAACAGAGAUAUUGUAAAUUUCCCGCAAUGAAAUUUAAGGACAAGGAAUUAGGAGCGAACGGUGUAUGAGAAAUCAUAUAUGUAUGUUAUGCUACACAUUUUCUUGUU